GUAUUGCGGCGAUACAAUCUCUUUAGCCAUCAGCUUGCGCUGCCACCGGAGAUUCUGUCAUCUUACUUUGAUCAUCUUUGGAACGCGAAGUGUAGAUUAGGGUUUCUGUUUCCCCCGGAAAUUUGAACCAAGUAAUGUAACUAACGACUUGUGAUUAUGUUCUUUGUAGUGUUAGCUUAUGAGUGAUCUUUCAGUGAUGAGUCUCCUCGGAAAACUGAAUUCAUCAACAGAAAUUAUUCCUAUCGAGGGUCCAAGUGAAGGAAGGAAAGAUAUGAAAAUGAAGAAGCAAGGACUGAAUCCAUACUUUUCUGAUCCACACAUAAUUGGACGUGUAAAACAGUACCUGGAUGAACACAAUGAUACAAGCUAUAUUGAUAUUGAAACAAUGGCAGAUGCUCUGCAGAAGCGGUACCGUGAAUAUGGAAAAAGAAAGAGAUCAGCUUUUAGAGGAUUGGUUGAAAAAGCUUUUGCUCACAUCCUAAGAAGUUACAAUAUAAGUCCAAGCAAUCAGAUGAUGACUUCAAGUGAAGAAGAAUUUGAUUUUGGUGAAGAUGAGGAACCGGAUGUUAACAGAGUAAAUGAAAGAUUGUUGUCACUAUACAUGCGGCCUGAUCUUCUCAAAAAGAGUAUGUCGUCAAAGAGUGAAGACAACGAACUUAUUAAUAUCAGCAGUGAUGAAGAUGAAAAUAAAGUGGUAAAGAAAGAAAAAGUUCAAGCUAAAAUUAAACAGCAUGCUCCAAUUACUGGUAUAACUUUAUCAGCAGUUCCAAAACCCCUUCUGUCUGAUUCUCAGCUGCAAACUGUGUCAAACAUUUUUAAGUCAACAGAAAUUUCAGUUUCACGAAGUGCACAACCUUUGAAGAAAAAUCAAACGUCAGCUGAAUCAAAAAAUGUCCGUAUUCAAAAGAAUCAGUCACUUUCUACCAAUCCACAAAAUUCACACAGUAUAGAUAAUACAAGGAAACGUAAGAAUGAAGAGGAAUUAAAAGCGGGGACACCACAGAGGAGAAAACGAGAAUUCACCGUUCAUGAUUCCCAAUACAACUUCUCGAGUUUAGGAGGUAUCGGUAAGGUUCUGGAGGAGGUGUGCAAGUUGCUGGUCCAUAUUCAACAUCCUGAAAUAUACAAACGGAUUGGAGUGACACCACCUCGAGGAUUUCUUCUUCAUGGGCCCCCAGGAUGCGGAAAAACAUUGCUGGCUCAAGCUAUUGCUGGUGAACUGCAGUUGCCGAUGCUGAAAAUAUCUGCUCCAGAGCUUGUUGGUGGAGUCUCUGGAGAGUCGGAAGGACGAAUAAGAGAUUUAUUUGCUCAGGCAGUCAGCCUGUCACCAUGUAUUUUGUUUCUUGAUGAAAUAGAUGCUAUAACUCCACAUCGUCUGACAGCUCAGAGGGAAAUGGAAAGGAGAAUUGUUGCACAGCUCUUGACCUGCCUUGAUGAAUUGAAUCAGAGAGAUGGUGGUUCAGGUGUUCUCGUUAUUGGAGCAACCAACCGACCAGACUCCUUGGACCCUGCUCUUAGACGUGCAGGUAGAUUUGACCGUGAAGUUUGCCUGGGAAUUCCAAAUCAGGAGGCAAGAGCAGAAAUUCUUAAAGUAUUAUGCACAAAUUUGCGCCUUGCGCCAGACUUCAACUUUGAAGAGGUUGCUCGAAACACUCCAGGCUUUGUGGGUGCUGAUUUGAUGGCACUGAUGAGGGAAGCUGCAAUGGUAGCUGUGAACAGAGUAUUCAGCGAGUUGAAAACAAAAGCACAAAUUAAAAAAGACAAGGAACUUGUCACCAUAGACAGUCCGACAAAAGUGGUGGAAAAUGGAAAAUAUGAUUUGAAAACAAAAACACAAACUAAACAGGAGAAGGAGGUUGUCACCAUAGACAGUCCAUCAAAAGCAACGGAAAAUGGAAAACAAAGAAAGAAAGAAACAGUCAGUGUUAAAGCUAAAGAUAGUGAUAGCUCUAGCAGUGAAGUCAGUGAAAAAGAAAUUGGCAAUGGGGUGGAAGGUGAUAAAGCUGUAGAUCCUGACAGCAAAAUACAUGAUAUGGUGGCAUUAAAUGCCAGUAAGGAAGGUAUUAGCUCCACAGAGGAUAAUAUAAAUACAAAGAAUAAUUUGCCUUCAGCAGAUAGUUGUCAGAAGACAUCUGCACCUGUGACAGAAACAGUCCUUCAAAAUGUUACACUUUCAGACCUAGUAGAUUGGCUGCACAACCAGCCUCCACUAACAGGUGAACAACUGAGUGAAUUGUACAUACAGCAGUCAGACUUCAAAGAAGCUCUCCGUACAGUGCAACCAUCAGCUAAACGUGAAGGCUUUGCUACUGUUCCUGAUGUAACCUGGGAUGACAUUGGUUCAUUGAAAGACGUCAGAGAAGAGUUACAACUAGCAAUAUUGGGCCCAGUCCAGUACGCAAAGGAAUUUGCUGACCUCGGUCUGUCGACACCAACUGGAGUGCUCCUUUGUGGACCACCUGGCUGUGGGAAAACUCUUUUGGCUAAAGCAGUAGCAAAUGAAGCAGGAAUAAAUUUCAUUUCUGUAAAAGGUCCUGAAUUGCUCAAUAUGUAUGUUGGUGAAAGUGAGAGGGCUGUUCGCCAAUGCUUUCAGAGAGCAGCAAAUUCUGCACCAUGUGUCAUAUUCUUCGAUGAAUUAGAUGCAUUGUGCCCCAAAAGAAGUGAUGCGGGUGAAGGUGGCGCUAGUAUGAGGGUUGUUAAUCAGAUGCUCACAGAAAUGGAUGGUGUGGAAAGUCGACGAGGAGUUUUCUUACUGGCAGCUACAAAUAGGCCAGACAUCAUAGAUCCAGCAGUCCUAAGACCUGGCCGUCUUGACAAAAUUGUGUAUGUAGGACUACCAGGUCCACAGGACCGAACAGAUAUACUACGUGCUCUCACCAAGAAUGGAACGAAACCUCGUCUUGCUGAUAAUGUGGAUCUGGAAUCUUUGGGAAAAAGUGACAGAUGUCACAGCUACACCGGUGCAGAUCUUGCUGCCCUUGUCAGAGAGGCUGCAGUUCAGUCUCUCAAGGAACAUUUGAAACAGGCUGAUGCAGAAGGCAAUCUAGCUGUCACUGCAGAGCAUUUUGCUGUGGCACUUGCAAAAAUACGUCCUUCCAUCUCAGAAAAGGAUCACAAGCAUUAUGAAAAACUAAGGCGGAUGUACACAUCAGUACCGUCAAGUAGAAUAAAAGAAGUGGAAAGUGGGGAUGACACAGUAAAACAUAGUACCUAAUGUUCUACCACAUUAUGAAAGUAAAACCUACAGGCUACCACUUACAUUUUAAGUGGAUGAAAUGUACCUUCUUACUCUUCACCUGCACUGGAUGCUGCAUAGCAGAAAUAUCAACCUCAAGCGAUUGGAACCCAGCUUUCUGUCACUGUGGACUCAAAUAAAUCCAGAUAACAGAAGUGUCAGAAAACAAGAAGCACGCACACUUCCACAGAUUAUGAUAAAUACCAAAGUGUUGCAUGAGAAAGUUCAGACUGAUGUACUGCAGCAGGCCAGAUGUUUACUGCGCAGACAUCCAUAGCAACUGAGUCUGUCACGUGCAGUACUGUGAUCAACCACAGAAGACAAGUCUUAAGAUGUGCUUUGAAAUAUUAAAGGAAUUGAAAAGAGGUUAAAAUUUCAUGUCCGCAUAACUGAACAACAAUAUAUCUAAAAAGAAAGAUGAUGAGACUUACCAAACAAAAGCGCUGGCAGGUCGAUAGACACACAAACAAACACACAAAAUUCAAGCUUUCGCAACCAACGGUUGCCUCAUCAGGAA